UGGCUUUGCUGCCUUCCUUAAAACCUCUAAAACCCCCACCGCCAGUUGAAGGCUCUGAAUCCCCCGUUUGCUCAAAACUCAACAUAUCUUACAUUGACUUAUUACCAGGGAGAAUGGGUGGGUUGCCUAUGCAAAAUACCUCUGCCUUAGCUUUGCCUGGUUCGCAGCAAAAUCAAGUGUCAGCAGUAACAUCUGGCCCAGAAUCAAAGCCAAAGAAGAAAAUUUGCUGCGCUUGCCCCGAAACUAAGAAGCUGAGAGAUGAAUGCAUAGUGGAGCAUGGUGAAGAGGCUUGUGCAAAAUGGAUAGAGGCUCAUCGUAAGUGCCUUCGUUCAGAGGGCUUUAAUGUUUGAGAUUGGCAUACAAAGUUUAUAGAAUGAAAACAUUUUGAGUUACAAACUAUUUACUUUGAGGAUUACACAUAGAUAUGAUUUGAACAUCUAGGAAUAAAGGAAAGAUAGCUUUCAAGGCAAUUGGAUGCAGCCAAGUUAAUUUUUAUUGUAUUUUCUCGUUUUAUGAGGUUGUACCUAUGUGGUGUGAAGUGGAAGCGCCAAAAUACUUUCAUGAGUCAGGAUAUGGACAGAUAGAUGAGUCCAUUUAUGUCUUGCUUCUUGAUUGAGUAAACAUUUUUCCCUUUUUAUUAUUUUAUUAGCUGACUAUCCUUGUCUA